CAGAACCAGAAAUACUCGAACAAGCACAGCCCAUUCCAUAUUCCAUGUCUUCACCAGCGUCUAGCAACAUAGGAGAUUUUGGCUGCUGGCCCGUGGAGGCGAAGAACUGUUACGAUCCGAUGGGACACAAAACAUCCAGAGAAAGUUCAUCCAGUGUACAGUCUCACGAAGAAUCCAGCAUAUUUGAUGGUGUCAAGAAAAAUUUCAAUGCCGGAAAGACCUUGGACCAGCUUGUAGAUCUUCAUGAACAACAAAACAGCAAAACUUGGAUUUCUUACUUAGACAAAGAAGGCAUUUCUCCAAGCUUGUAUUCUGUGACCGUAAGGAAGGGCCAUCGAAACGAAAAGAUCGGUAUCUUUGUUCACCUCAAACGUUUUCCUUUUGGAAAUCGACUUGUUGUUUCGCAGAUUUCGCCUGCGGGGAAAUUCGCUGAUACUGGAAUAGAAGUUGGUGAUGUUGUGGUCUCCAUCAAUGCCGAAAAUAUGAUAAAAGAUCCAAAAACCCAAAGAGCACUUGGUAAGUGUUAUCAAUCGACCUAUUGUACUUAUUGAAAAAGAACGAAAAAAGUCUAAUGUUAAUCUCCUUUACCCCCCAGAUAUUGUUACGUCAGCAACCGAUACCGUUACGAUUGUGGUGCAAAAACACCUUGAUUCAGACGAUUUUCAAUCUGCAACGGAAACAUCCAUUUCGAGCAUUUCAAAAGACAUUUCUUCUAUUGCAAAAAAAAAGCCGCACUUUCAAACGAUAGAGAAAGUGAAGACAAUGGAUGGUUCUGAACACAAACCUAUUAGAAAAAACUCUGAAGAUAUAAAUAAGAGGAACACAGCGAGAAAAAGAGAGGAAAUGACUAGUGAUGGAAGCAUGUUGAUAUCGAAAGAUACAGAAUUAAAAGGACCCGUCUCGAUCUCAAUGAAAGAAAGUUGGAAAUUAACKGGAGCAAUAGUGGUUAGCAUCGAAAAAUCAGAUUCCUCGGAGAAUCCGGGGAUUCGUAUGGGGAUGAAGGAAACAUCAUCUGGUCGUGCUGUAUGCAUAUCCGAAAUAAGUCCUUCAAGUUUGUUUGCUAGGACCCCGCUGCGGAUGGGGGAUAUCAUUUUGUCGAUUAACAACGUCAGUCUUCACGACAAUGCCGACGUGUUCGACGCAUAUGCAGCAAUGGGGAAAUCAGAGAAACGCAUAACACUGGUGGCGAAGAAAGGCGGGGAGAGUUUGAACGACUUCCUGCUUGCCGCUAGAAGUCAACCAGUCAUGAAGGGAAAACUUAAUCAUUCGGGACAUGAUAGUUUCGACUCUCAAUUGUCUUCGAAGACUGCUGGUACAGUCGGAACGACUGCAAGUGGAGAAUCAGGAAGAGGUGGAUCAAACGAUUCCUUUGAAUCUUUUGACGGGAAAUCAGAAGAUGGAGUGAUUGGGUUCAAAUCAACAGAAGAAUGGAAAAGUAAUUUCCGCCAUGAUGCGGUUAACAAUGCAUCGAAAGCUGUCUCCAGUCCUUCAAGAAGUAGGAAUGAAUUUGAAUUUGACGAAGAAUCUUACGGUGCUUCUCUUUUUGGCUACAAUGCAUCAAGUAACGUCAGAAUCAUCAAGAGUUACUGCGAUGAGGACAUUGGUUUCAAGAUGCUGGAGAUCACAACCGAAUGGGGACGGCUUCUCGUAGUCUCAAACGUUACACCUCGUAGUUUGGCAAGUUGUACUGAUCUCAAAGUUGGAGACGCUAUCUUAUCCAUUAAUGGAAUAAGCUUCAGAAAGAAAGCUAGUGCAGCGAGGGCAUCUUCAAUAAUUAGAGACGCACAUAGAGAAGUAUACAUCGAAUACCAGAAGUUAUCAAGCUUCUCCCCUGCUGUACCGGUUGACCUGCAAAUAAGACACCACGAAAAAGGUGAGGUAUUGAAGACUAGGUCAUUUGAUUCUUACGACAGUGUGUCGAAAAAACAAGCAGAUGUUUCUCAUUCCGAAAAACUGAAAGGAAAUGAGGAAAAUUCAUCUUUGGAGAAAGCCCUUGCUAGUGGUCAAGAAAAACAAGUAGGGCGCUACGCACCUCAAAGAAGACAGAAUUCUCCGGUGAACACAUCUGAAAGAAGGCAGAAUUCUCCCGUGAACACACCGGAAAGAAGACAGAAUUCUUCUGUCAACACACCAGUGAGAAGAAAAAAUUCUUCCGUGAAUUACCAGAAAUUACGAGUAACCGUGACAAAGGACGAAAAGAAACAAACUGUUGGCAUCAGUCUUGCAACAGUGAAUAACAAGUUAAUUGUGACUGAAAUUAGUGCGAAAGGCUUGCUUCGGCACUCCCCUUUAGUCCAUGGCGACACAAUCCUCGCAAUAAAUGGUGUAAGUUUUCGAGAUGAUCCAAAUGCCAAAAAAGCAACUUUACUCGUCAAAGAUGCUCCGAAAAAAGUUUCAUUCGAAGUUUUGAAAACUGAAAAUCUUUACCAAGAAUCAAUGGAUGGUGUGAGCACAAAAUCGUGCGUUCCGGUUCACUUGAUUUGCUCCCGACGAAGGAAAGCAAACCACAACGAUAAUUUUGAACGAGUUGGCAAGAAUUAGAGUAAUUUUGCAUUGUAAACGCGAAUGAGCUUUUGACUAUAAUUGAGUAGCUUGAAGUAGUGUACUCUAUUUUCUUUAAAUCUGCACUUUUCACCAUUGUUUUAUGCAUAUGCAUGGCUUACUUAUUCUUACAAUUCUUACAGGAACAAUUUCGAGUACAUUUCAGAUUAGUACGAAAACAUUCACAAUAUUUCCUAACACAUUGAUUGUUUUUGCAAGCACAACCAGCCCCAAGUACUUUCGUUCUACUUUUCUGUUUGAAAGCAUCCGGUCUUUUUUCCAGUGUCAUUCGGAUUGCUAGUUGUCUCAUACCGCUGAUAUCUUCUUCAAGAUUUAAACAACCUACGCAAGUGCAGAUCAAAGGAUUGCAUGCAUCUCCCUUUUGGAAGCACGUACAAUAUAACUUAAGGCACUUGGAACGGAUGCAGUUACAUCCUUGCUCUCCCGAAGAUUCUUUGUUCGUAACAACAGGAUGCCCAGCAUUCCGAAAUGCUCUUGGAUUCCUCGCAAGAAUCGCUUGAAUUGCCUGCUCAGAAUGAAACCAUUCGUUGGAGCCCCAUGUCGAGAAACUGAAGUAAGCAAUCGUAUGAAAAAAUCUUAAAAAUGGAUAUCGUCCUCCUUACGAAAUCACUCACCUUGGAGCGUGCACCGUUUGGUCCACUUUCCUCCACCGUAUUCUUACAAUUUAGGCAUGAGCACCUUGCUGGAUCACAGCGCCUCCCCGCUUUGAAACAGUCGCAGUACAAAGCAAUACAUUUGGACUUAGGGC